GUGUCUCAACACGUUCACUAGCUACGCUGAAAAAUGACUGAAAGGCAUCGGAGGCAGGGAGUGACCUUUCGCCACAGCCUUUUCCCCUUCAGUCCCCCGUUGUCCCUUUGGUGACGCGGACGGGGGCGAGAGGGCGUCGCGCCGGUGACGUCAUAACUGCGUCGCCGCCAUCUUGACCGCGGAGGGCUGGGCGGCCGCUGGCGAGGAGCCGGGGCCCUGCGGCGGCCUGGAUGCCGGGGCUCGGCGGGCGGGGGCUCUGGCUGGGCCUGGCGGUGGCGGCAACGGCGGCGGCGGCGCGGUGGCUGGGCUGGUGGAGCGGCCGCGCCGGCCUUCGCCUUUUCGUUCCCGAGGAGCUGGCCCGCUACCGCGGCGGCGCCGGGGACCCGGGCCUUUACUUGGCGUUGCUCGGGCGCGUCUACGACGUGUCCCCCGGCCGGAGGCACUACGAGCCUGGGGCCCACUAUAGCGGCUUCGCAGGCCGAGACGCGUCCAGGGCGUUUGUGACAGGGGACCACUCUGCAGCAGGCCUGGUGGACGAUGUGUCCGACUUGUCAUUUUCAGAGCUGCUGACGCUUCAAAACUGGCUGUCGUUCUACGAGAAGAAUUACGAGUUCGUUGGAAGGGUGAUAGGAAGGUUCUACGGAGAGGAUGGCCUCCCGACCCCAGAACUGGCCCAGGUGGAAGCCGUGAUCACCCGGGGCGCAGAGGCAGGCCGGCGGGCGCUGGAGGAGAAACGCAAGUUCCCGCCGUGCAACGCCGAGUGGAGCUCCAGCAGGGGCAGCCGGCUCUGGUGCUCCCCAGAGAGAGGUGGCCCGGGCAGACCUAUGGCGGAGGGAGGCGGGUCCCUGGCGAUGGAUGCCACACGCGGUGCGGCCCAGGCGGGUAAGAUGUGCUGGCAGUCGGAAAGGAUGCUGGGCAGAGGGCUUCUGUGGCCUCGAGAGAGUCCAGCGAAGGGGUACAGCGGCCACCGUCUGCUUUCCGCCAGCCUCGUGAGCAGGGCUGUGUUGACCAGGCUGGGCAGCUGCCCCCCCAGAGUGGACAGCCUGGGGUCAGAGGGGCCACGCCAGACCAUCGCCCCAUCCCUCGCUCAGUUGUGGGACAGCUGUGACCAGAGAGACCCCACACACAGCCUGGGGCUGUGUCUGUUCAGAAAUUGGCGGUGGACAAACCGAACCCCUGCCUUGAGAGCCCUCCCACCACCAGAGCCCCUAGACUCACUCCUGCAGGAAAACCACACACAGCGCUCCCAUCAGCCCUCCCUGGAGGGGACUCUCAGCACGCACACCGCCAUCGGUGUCCUCGCAGGAGAGGAAGGGCCUACUCCCUGCCUCCGAUCACCUUCCUCGGGACCCGCGGGAGCCAGGAGGGGCCGUGGUCAGCACUCCCGUGUGACAGGCGCAGAAACUAAGGCACAGACAUUAGGAAACUGGCCCAAUACCGUCCGCUAAUCAGUAACAAAGCACAAAAACCCAGUGUGCUUCCCCAGCAACCGUGUUGGAGUGUGCCCGUGCCCAGUCCUUGUGUGUGCCCACGGGUUCUGGCUGGCGUGCCCCGCAAGGACAGCUGCUGGGGUUACUUGGGACUGUCCUGUGGCGGCACUCAGCGGUGCCUGUGCACCAGGGAGAGCAAGCUGGAAGACAGAGGAAGGGGGCUGCGGGUCCCAGAGCGUGCGAGGGCCAGGUCAGCUCCUGAGAGACCUCGCCAGGGCCGGAUCCCGGCGAGGAGCUGGGCGGCUACGCCACAAUAGCUACUCUUGGACUGCUGUCGACAACAUGCUUCUGGAAAGUGUUGCUGGCGAGUCAAACUCUCCUAGAAGGUGAGCUGUUACAGAAAUAUGUUCACAUAUCAAGAGUUUGAAAAGGUUGCUUUUAAUGCUUAUUGGUACCUCCGCGUUAAAAAGUAACUACAAUCGUCUCAUUAAAGUUUCCACGUUAAAUGCACAACUUUACCUCGUUAUAAGGAAUUGUUACAGAAAAUGCCGAUACCGGUAUUCGAGACAUACAUUCCAUCACACGGGCUGCGGAUGGGAGUGUCGUGGUCCCACACACGGAGCCGUCCUCCCACACUGAGCGCCACCCCGAACGGCCUGGAAACCGAGGCGCACCUCCAGCCCAAACGUGCACCUCCAGCCUCCGCCCCUCCCUUGGUGUCACACGGGUGUCACGGGAACAGCCAGCCGCACACAUCUGCCCAAAGAGGACAAGUCACGGGGUCAAGCCGUUUGGACCCCCCCCCCCCCGCCCCCGCUACGGAAAGCCAACGUUGUCGCGACAGGCCGCACGUUAUUUAUGCCACACAGAAGAGGCACCGUACAGGCAACGAGCUUCCAAAGACAGUCUCUCAGGCAUCUGACGACCCCGGGUAAUUUAGCACGUGCUGAGCGCAUCUCGGCAAGCAAUCCGCUCUUCGCCGAACUGCUCCCACAUGACGGGAACGUCUCCGCGGCCGGGGGCGCUUCAGAUUAGGGGGUCCCGUGCCCAGUCCUCCUGGGGCUCGUCCUGAGGGCAGCAAUCCCAGUCGUGGGAGAAGCUGUGCCAGGGGCUCCUUUGGUCCCCGUCGUGACGGCGUCACACUCACCUGCGUUGGCUCCUGUCACCUAGGGGCCUGGUGCGCCUCUCAGGCCUGAGCAUUUACGUCGUCGACAGUGUUCUUUCUCUCCCGUCGAGCGGCCCAGAUGGAGAUGACAGCCCUCCCCUCCCUAGGCUCUCCCCCAAUCCACGCCUCUGGACAAGGUCAGCGCAACUCCGUUCAGCGUAACAGGCAGGGGGCACGAGUGUGCGGUGGUCGUGAACGCACCGGCCCACUGGGCUCCUCGCAGGGCCCCCGGGCAGGGAGAGGAGUGGGCACGGCCAGGGCUGAGGUAGAGGGCGGGCGGUCACGGGGACCCCACUCCCGGAGAGGGUUUGGCAGGCGACCUGAGCGGUCUGGUCCAGCCUCGACCAGCCUGGGGACUGGGGUUGACCGAGUGCGGGCAGCAAACUGCAAACGGAAUUCGUGUUCUAGUCCAUCAUUCUGCGAGACACCACUACAAAUCACAGAGAGCUAAAAACUCCUAGGUGUAGGCACUUAAGUUUGGUGGGGAACUCCCACGUUAGAGGAUCACAGCAAGUCAGUUUAGCCGUUGGCCUUGCGCACAGCACGUGGCUUGUACUGCACACGGAAGUAUUUAAAAAAGGGAAAGACGGCUACGAGUGCACAGUCCGGGAAGCCUGGCGAUGAGCAGGAAGCAGUUAGAGCUAAUUCACUGAUGCACAAAUUGCAUUUCAUGAGGUUUAUUCUUCCCACUCUACUGUUUACAGUUGGCAAUUUUCUGAAUGGAUAAAAUUGAGACUUUGCUACUAGCAUUUAAGCUAUAGGUGAAACUGUCACAAAGAGCUAGGCAGUUCUGUAGCGUGUGAGGUCCCAGCCUGGGCAGUGACGAGGGCGUCCCACGGCCAGCCACCACAGGACGUGCUGCAUGCGGCCAGCGAGCACCCCGACACUGUGGGCAGGCCGCCCCUGUGUACCACGCGAGGACGCCCCUGAGGCCAGUGCAGGACUCCCCAAGCGUCCCCCCACGUCUCUGCUCAGCACCACAGCCGCCCCUGGACUCCGUGCAGGAACGGAAGCUUCACGUCGCACAUUUUCGGCACAACUUUAAGAUUUUAUGUGCAAUCGGAGGCGAGACUGUUACUGGGACUGGGAACAGUAGGGCGGGGGCGAGACAACCGGCCACGCCCCGACUGACUCUCCACCGUGAACGUGGAAAGAGCAGGUGUAAACGUACCGAGCACCUUGACUCGCAUCGGAAGCAUAACUAUCUUACUUUCCAACUAAGGAGUCAAGCCACCUGCCUAUGCCCCACUUCCUCGGGGCCCAGUCCAGGCACCCGCACGUGGAAACCGACCACAGGCCUCACGUGGGCAGGCGUCGGCCAAGACCAGGUGCUUCUCCCUAAAGGUUCUGCAUGAAAUAUGUCACAGACUUUAGGGGACAGGAAAACUCUUGUAAUUAAUUUUUUCUUUUAAACAUUGUGCACAAGCUCCUAUUAACAUAGAAAGCAUAUAUAUUUCAUAAAUCACAGAAAUAUUAAAAAGUAGCACUCUGGUUUAUCA